CACUGACUGAUACUGCAGCCCUCGCUCAGGGCACCACCUGCAGCUCUCUCACCAGCCGGCACUACCCGGCAGGUCACUUUGCAUUCUGCGCCAUCAAGAACAGCCCGACUAGCAAGAUCAGCAGCAUGAGCACCACACCAAACACUUACGCCGACAAAGUACACACACCCGUAGCCGAAGGCGCACACUACAAUGACGAGACUGCGCUGCGCCUCGACGUGUCCGCCCCUGGCACGGACAACAAGAAGGGCGAUGGCGAUAGCUCCGUGCCCAUGGAUAAGAACGGCCGUCCUCUAGUCAAGUUCUUCAAAUGGCACAUGACCCGCAAGCAGCGGAUUCUCCUCAUCAGCGGCCUGGUGAUCCUUCUCAUCGGUGUGAUCCUUCUCAUCGUGUUCCUGGCCAUCAUCCCGGCCAUCAUCCAGCACUACGUCAACUCGGUGGAACUCAGUAUUAACUACCUGGACGUCAAGAGCAUCCCGAGCGACACAGCGCUGAACGUCGAGCUGAGCUUCAACGUGCAGCACGAUAUCGGUAUCGCCGCUACCACGGACGACAUCACUGCUUCAUUACUGUACGGCGGCGUCGCUUUUGGGUCUGUGGUGAUCCCCGGUCUUGAUAUCAAGACGGGUGAGCAGAACUACAACCUGACGGUCGAUGGGUCGCUCACGUUGACGGAUAUCGACGCCUUCAACUUGAUGGCGGAGGGUCUGGUUGAGGACUCUGAGAUCUCGCUCGAAGCCUCGGCCACCGUAAAGGCGCACACCCUGGGCUUGACUUACGGUGGUCUGGACCUGGAGCGCACGUUGCCACUUAAGGGCUUUAACCAGUUCAGCGAUCCCGCUCCGGAGAUCGACUACAUCGACUGGUUCGGCUGCUCCAACGACGUGUACCAGAUGGACAUCAACGUGACUUUGACCAACCCGUCCAACAUGGGGCUGGACGGCAUCGGUGCGCUUAAUCUGAGUCUGUACUACGCUGACAGCUAUCUGGGUUACGCCGAGUCACUCAAGCCUGAGCUGGGUCUGCCGCGUGGCGAGAGCGUGCAGCUCUUCCGUGCUACGGUGCCGCAGGACUCAACGGCACUCAGCAGCAUGGCGCUGGGUGUCGUGGGCGGCAGUGCGCAAUUCUACAUCACGGGCGACAACCCAUACUCGACCGAGUACACGCAGUUCCAGGAAGCUAUUAGCAAGGUCAACAUGAGCAUCCUCUACACGGACGGUCUCUCCAGCUUGGGCUUCAACACGUCGUGUGAUAUCCUCUCGCUCCUCGCUUAAAGAAGAAAAGUUAUUAGAUCAUGGUAGCGGUAGCAAAAACGAGCUGAACUAGCUAUAAAAGUUAGUAAAUACUAGUAGUGUGUAACCCUAAGUUGAGCAUUCAUCGUUGCUGGUACCAGAGAGCAAGAGAAGAUCAAGCAAAGAUAUCGAGCGUAUGGCUCUGACUUUCGCUUCCCGCAAGGGAACUGCACCGCUGUCAUUACAAUGAUCGACUAUACGUACACUCUAGUAGCCCAGCACGGUCAGGAAAUUGGAAACGC